AUGGCGCGCAAACUGCCGUGGGACCGCGAUCAAGUCGAUACACCUGCCAAGGUGGGAAAGAGCCCAGCACAGGCUCCUCGCUCGCCCGUAAUCGCGAACCCAUCCUCAGAACCCGCGAAGCGCGUCAAGAGACGAUCACCUUCUAGAACAAGGAGUCCCUCCACAUCUCCGCCUCCGGAGCCUCCGAAGGAAGAAUACAUGACACCGACUGAUGAUCUUUGGCAAAUGGUCGAGGAUGAAUUUUAUCAAACCGCGCAAAAGUUUACCGCGCAUCUCCACCGCGCAGAGUACCAGCGCCAGAAGACUCUCGCUGCCUCGCAGAACGCCGCAGCCAUCAGUGCCAUUGCCCGUCCCACCGUCGGCGAAGCCAGCAGCCUCGUGAGGCAAAGAUCUGCGUUGACGAGUAGAGCUCAAAGACAGAAGAAUGUCUUGGGAGAAGAGGUGCCGGCUACGAGCGGGCUGCGCGGGCUCAUGGACAGCCCAAAGAAGGCUGAUCGCGUGCUGAGAUCCCACGCCCAUCCGAUGGCAGGAAAGCAAGACUGCGAGGAGGGAGCAGAGCAUGGCUGGUCAAGAAAUCCUCGCCGCAGCCACCACCUCAAAGGUUCCAACCCGACCAGCCGCCCCGGCAGGGAAGCCAUCAUCGACGAUACAUCGUUCCAGAUCGGAACCGAACCUUAA